AUGAUGGCGAGCAUCGGCGCGGCUUUUCCUCCUCACCCUGGCGCCAUGCAACAACAUCCGGGCGUUCCCCAGGGCCACCCCGGCCUUGCUCCGGGCAUGGCUCACAACCCGAGCCAACCAGGCGGUCCGCCGGGCUCUGUUCCGCAACACCUCGCUGCCGCCCACAUGGGCGUCUCCGGUCCUGGACCCCAGAUGAAUCCGGUCGCCAUGAUGGGCAUACCCCCUGGAGCCGGCCCCAAUGCGCAUGCAAUGCAGCAUCUCACCCCGCAGCAGCAGCAGCAGCUGCUCCAGCAACAACAACAGAUGGGUCAGAUGGCCUCCAAUAAUCCCAACUUUCAGCUGCAGCAGCAGCACCGCUUCCAGAUGCAGCAACAGCAGCAACAGCAACGACAGAACCAGCAAAUGCUCAUGCAACAGCACGGCAUGUAUCCUAGCGGGAUGCCUAUGGGCCCGGUGAACAUGAACCAAAUUGCCGCUCUCCAAAGACGGAUGGCCGGACCGCACGCUCAGGACCCGCGCGCCCAAGCAUUCCUGGCACAGCAAAUAGCCAUCCAGCAGCAAGCGGCUGCACAAAGCCAAAACCCGAACGCCGGUCAGCUCAAUCUGCACCAGGCCCAGAUUGCCGCCCUCCAAGCACAGCAAGCGCAGCAAGCGCAGCACGCUCAGCAGGCCCAGCAGGCCCAGGCUCAGCACGUGCAGCAAGCACACCAAGCACACCAAGCACAGCAGGCGCAUCAGGCUCAACAAGCCGCAGCCGCCGCUGCCCACGCCCAGCAGCAGGCUCAUCAAGCUCAGGCACAACAGCAAGCCCAACAGGCCCACCAGGCACAGCAACAGGCACAACACCAGGCACAGCAGCAACAACAGCAACAGCAGCAGCAGCAGCAGGCACACCAGGCACAGCAAGUCUCUCAAGGACAACAAACCCCCGGCAUUCCCGGCCAGCCACAGGGGCAACAGCCAACUCCAGGCCAGUCUCAGCCGCAAACACCUCAGCCUACUGGUCAGCCGACCGUCGGCCCGCCACCUCAGAAUGCUGGGCCUCAGGGUCCGCAAAUGCAGGUACCGCCUCAGAUGGCCGGCAACGCACAUCAACAGCAGCCAGUGUCCGGCCCGCCACAACCACCGAUGCCCCACAUCGCCGGCUUUCCAGGAUCCAAGGGCAAAGACGACCUCUCAUACUGGGUUAACCUCGUUCAUCAGUUUUUUGCCAGCACCGGCGUGUUUCGUCACACCAUCCAUAUCGUCGAAGGCGAUGAGAAGACCACCAACAAGCAAUUCGAGAUUCCGUUUUCCGCACUACCCCGCUACUUCCAUACCUACUUUGAGAGCGGCGUCACAAAGCUUCAGCUGAUCAUGGACAACGCCGUCGUGGAAAAGCCGCCGGUCAGCGACCGAUUCUGCGUCGAGAACUACAAAUCCAGUUUGGUCCAGUGGUUUGAGAAUGGCGGACACGUCGUAUCCACUGGCACAAUUCGCGCGCAGUUCGACCCGGAAGUCAAGAUGGACUUGUUUGAGUUUGUCUGCGAUGGUCAUGAAGAGUUCGUUUCUCGGAAGCUCGUCCUUCAAGCUGCCAGACCGGGCCACAACUGGCUAAAGGAGUGGAACAAAGUCAACAGCCCGCCCGACAGCAAGCAGUCGCCGGAAAUGAGCAAGAAGUCAAAGGCCAAGCAGUUGAAAUCUCCACAGAGCCAGCCACCAGCUUUUGAUCUGCCGUCUGUCAUCGAGGGCAACGCUGGCCUGACUAGUGCCAUGAAGCAAUUUCUUGAAAUAGUCGAAGUGAUGGGCUACAUGAACUCGCUCUUUGGCUUCUCCCAUGGAAAUCCGACCCUGACAGCAUUUGGUGCCCUCGACCAGUUUGUGCAGACCGUCUGCACAACAUCCAAUGGGAAUGUGCCGAUGAUGAUACCACAAGGACCUCCACGGACUCCUAGUAUGGGGUUCCCCAUUGGUGCCAGCCCGCAUCUAACCCAUCUACCGCCUCCGGGUUCACCACACGUUAUUGGCAGCCCGGCAGCUGGCGUAAUGCCAGCGCCUUCAAUGCAUCGGUCGCAAAGCCAACAGGGACCCGGCUCUAACGUCGCCAGUGCCAACACUUCGCCUGCGGGAACCAAGCGCAGACGGCCUUCUGGCGUGAAGACGGAGGACGAAAUGAACGGCGGGCCUACAUCAGUCCCAACUCCAUCAGCCAACCCACAGGCAAACGGCCUUCAGGGUAAACCGAAGCCACCCACACCAAGGAUGCAGAAGAAGCAGAAGGUGAAUCCGACGUAG